UCGACACUCAAAAGGGAAACACAUGCACAAGGUUAACUGACCUACAUUAGGUUUCCGUAUUGCAGGAAGGUUGACACGCCUAGGACCAUCGAAAGGUCAUGUGAAAGAUCAAAGCCGUCUGCAUUAAUUUACCAGUCCGUGAUGAAUGAGGCCCAUGCUCUGGGGCUGCCGAAUGCGACUGUCUGGGCUGGUGCGUGCUUGGAUCCAAACUGUAUGGUUUCAACACUCGUAUUGAACAUCCACUGCAGUUUUGGUAAACCUUGCUUUAUCUUCGUCAUCUGUACAGCCUGAUGUGACAUAUCGCAACUGCAUCAAGAAUCCGUCGUUUUAGCCAUACAGUCCUCGUCAAAAUGUUGAGCAUGAUUGGAGCAGUCAUCUCGGGUACUGGUCUUCUAAGCAGUGUGCCGUCCCUGUUACUGGUGGGGCUGGCUAUCGGAGUUGCAAUUGUCGGUAUCCUCGGUAUCAACCGGCCGGCAGGUUUUCCGCCUGGACCCACUCCGAUUCCAUUUGUAGGAAAUAUUCCUAAAUCUGGCCAGCCCCUUUGGAUAACUGUGGGAGAACUAAGCAAGGAAUACGGAGACGUCUUCUCCUUAAAGCUUGGAGAUAAAUGGUACGUGAUUCUGAACAGCUACGAGACCAUCAAGGAUGGUAUGGCAGCACGGCCCUUGGCGCUCGCCAACAGACCUCAUUACUACACCACCGAUAUCUUCUCUGACAACUACAGAGAUAUUGCCUACACAGACUACAGCCCAUCAUGGGUGCUGCACCGACAAUUCGCGCUCAACGCUUUCAGCGACGUGUAUGGUGCGACACAGCUUGACCGUGUGGCCCACCAGCAGUUUACAAGAUACGUGGAGCCACUGUUGGAAUCUGUUAGAGGGACGAAGCAGUCGGUGGACGGGAUUGCACUGGGCCAGUUGAUGGCCAUGGGAUCUGUGGUUACUUGGUGUUUUGGCCCUUGCAAUGAGCACCUCCAUCGGGACUUGGUUAAAGUCGUCUCCGUGGACGUGAGUACAUACCUAGUUGGCCAACGCAUCCCCGUGGAUAUUUUUCCAAUUCUCCGCUACUUUCCCCUAUCAACAAAUCGCAUUGUCAAAGACGUUGGAGACAGAUUCCUGACGAUUCUGAGGGAUGAGUUCAACAGUCGGCGUCAGUCAUUUAAGGAAGACGAAGAGAUAACUGAUCUGUGUGGUGCACUGCUCCGAGCCCAAAAGAAAGCUGAGCAGGAGAGAAAGUACGACUUUCUGACUGAUGUGCAUGUCGUCCAGGUUCUGGCUUCGUCUUUCAGGGGCUCUACUGGCCUCUUGGCGAACACCUACUGGGGACUGGCCCUCCUUGCUGAGUACCCAGACGUCCAACAAAGGAUCGUCAACGAGAUCCAUGAUGUCAUUGGGAGGGAUCGUCAGCCCUCCCUGAAUGAUCGAGAUGCUAUGCCAUACACCAUAGCUACCGCAAUGGAAAUGCUGCGGUUUGGAUCCGUGGCUCCUCUGGGCGUGCCUAGGGCAGCUUAUGAAGAUGUAACAAUCGGUGGCUAUGGAAUCCCCAAGGGCACGGGAAUAUUGUACAACAUCUACGGCACCCACUUCAGCGAUGUAAACUUCGCAAAUCCUGAUGAGUUCAACCCAGAGCGAUUUCUGAACUCCAGUGGAUCAGUCAAUGUCUCACCAGACAAAUUAAUCCCAUUUGGGAUGGGAACCCGCAAAUGCCUCGGCUACUUCUUUGCACAGUCUAUCCUCUUCCUUGCCUUCACCCAUCUACUGCAGGGAUACGAGCUGAGCAAACUCGAUGGUCAACCCGGGGAUGGAAGCUUACUUGGUCAGGAUCCUCAAUAUCAGGGGUCGCGCUGGCCAAGUCCCUUCCGUCUCGGGGUGGCCAAACGUGAAUAAAGUUGUAUCUCAGUCGGAUGCAGCAAACUGUGAUAGAUCAAUGCUCGGAUGCAUGCCUUGUUGAAGUCAGUGGUUCCUUAGUCUCGUCUAUUUUGAUGUUGUAUAAGCGGCAUCGGAUUGAAACAGGAUAAGUUACUAUAUCGUUUAAUGAACUCUCUACAGUGCUUUAGUUCUAGUUAGUUCUUAUAAUAUUAAGUAAGAGUAUUUUAAUUGUCUUGACAACCUGCCCGAAAAUUACUUUUAAAAAUUUAAGUCUGUCUGGCAUAGCACCAGUAACCGGUGAUACAGUGACUUGAUGCUUAGCUUUGGCCUCAAGGCUGCCCCAAGGCCCAAGAUAUGGGGGCUUGUUACGGCCAAUAAUGUAACAAUCGCCCAAUAAUGUAAUACCGGCCGAUAAUGUAAUAACAAUCAACCGAUAAUGUAAUAACCCAAGAGACCCAUAAUGUAAUAAAAAUCGGCCGAUAAUGUAAUUACCCCAAACCGGCCGAUAAUGAAAUAACAUGGAGGCCGAUAAUGUUAAACAUGGAGGCCGAUAAUGUAGUAACAUGGAAGCCGAUAAUGUAAUAACCGUAGAUUUGCUUGUUUCUCAGAAGACUUCUGGGGACUUAGGUUUUCUUCGAAUUUUCCCUGCAGAUCCUUUCUUAUUUUACCUUAUUGCUUUUGAAGUGACAAUUUUUCAAUUUUUUUGUAAUCAAAUUAUAACUGAACAUGGACGUAAUCUUUUCCCAAGGUGUAUAUAACACUCAGAUGAAUUAUGGUGACCUCAUUACAUAAACCUUGUUCUUUUAUUUAGUGUUGAGGUGAUUUCAAUUAACAGCACAGUCACCCAUUUGGCUUGAUUGGCAUUUAAGGUGCAAACUUCGAAGCUCUAUGCAUCUAUCUCCUUAAGUACAUGUCCCACUGGGUUGACAUUUUGCAAAUACAUGUAGCUAGAAAGGGAAUUGUUGACGACGAAAACUGACACCAAGUCAUGAUGACGUCAUCAGUUGACAAAUCACGUGACAUGGAAGGUGCUUCCUUUAAAGCCCCAUUUAUUUUCUAAAAAACGUGUCAAGUUGGGUAAAGACUUUGCAGAUAUCGCAAAAGGGAUAUGUUAUAGACGAAAACUGACCUCGUGUCACGAUGACGUUAUCAGUUAACAUAUCGGGUGACAUUAAAGAUGUAUCCUUUAAAGCCCUGCAUCUUCCGAAGUACAUGUCCGACUGGCUUGAAACUUUGCAGGUAGUGGAAAACUGUUGUUUUAUAUAUGAACACUAGCUCAAUUUAAUGAGGAGCUCAUCACGUCAGAAUGAAUAUAAUACUCCCUAAGAAGUAAGCCUGAGUGUCCCUAGCAAGUCAGCAUCCUAACUCUCAGUUACUGUGAUUCCAAGGCUCUAACCUCGAAAAUAGAUGAAAGUGAAAAAUAUCCUUGCACAUACCUGCCAAAAUCUCGGUCUGGCUCAAGCUAUACUAACUUGUUUUUGAGCUUUCUAUAGUUUCUUUAGUAUAAGAGGGAUCUGCUGGGAAAACUUGAAGAAAACCUAAGUCCCCCAAA